GCAAGAUCUCGCGAUGCUAGCGCACGAGUGUUACGCGCGCGGUGCACGCUGGGAAGUCCUUUUCCUACGAGGCCAUCUUGGUGUGAUCAGGAGGUUGGCCAGAUCGGACUAUACAGGAACAAUGGUGGCUGCAAAGAAAGCGAAAAAGUCCUUGGAGUCCAUCAACUCCAGACUGCAGCUCGUAAUGAAGAGCGGUAAAUACGUUCUUGGUUACAAACAGUCUCAGAAGAUGAUUCGCCAAGGCAAAGCCAAGCUUGUAAUCCUGGCCAACAACUGCCCCGCUCUGAGGAAAUCUGAGAUCGAGUACUACGCUAUGUUGGCCAAAACCGGAGUCCAUCAUUAUAGUGGAAACAAUAUUGAGCUUGGUACAGCCUGUGGAAAAUACUACAGGGUGUGCACAUUGGCGAUCAUUGACCCUGGCGAUUCUGACAUCAUCAGAAGCAUGCCAGACCAGCCGCAGGGGGAGAAGUAGAGCCAUUUCCACCAGAUAUUAUUACAAAUAAAGUUGGCUAAAAUGGUCAAUGUGAUUUUGUUCGUUUCUUUCUCUUCCUAUGUGGUUCAAUUCAUUAAUGCAUAAAAUUGUUAUGAUAAAAGACAGCACUUGUAUUUUCCAUCUGAUGUUAAUUAUUUAGAUUUCUGUUUGAUUAUUGAUCAGUCUUACCGUUUAGUUGCUGUACUGCAGCUAUUUAUGGUUUUGUUUAUUAAAGCACACACUGUUUUUGAAGUGUC